GCAUCUUAAUUCAUCAAACGUUUGACACAUCGGAGAAUUUACAGAGCAACUGCAAAACUAAGAUUAACAUUGGAUUUGUCGGAAAGCAUGGCAAACCUGUCAGAUUUUAAUGCUACAGAGCUGAAUGCUGCUGGAUCUCAAUUAACCAAUGAUGCUUCAAAAUAUGGGAACAACCCAGAUCUAGAAAUGCAAUGGGCUGUGAAGUCGUACCACCAUGCAGAGACCUAUUUCAAUCUGAUUUGCUCUGUGGACCCAACAGUGCUGAAGUUGACAAAGAUAGACGAUGACCUAUAUACAGAGUUUAGAAAGGAGUUUCCAGACUUAAAAAUAGAUAUUAUUCAAGAAGAUCAGCUCAAGAGUGUAGAGUCAAAAGCGAAAUGGCGCCCUUUUCUGAAUGCGUACGAGAAAAUCAUUGAAGACUUUAACUUUGGAACGUUACUGAGACUGGAUUGUUCAAAGGCCUACACAGAAGAGAAUAGCAUUCUGGUGGUGAGGAUCCAGUUCUUGGCUAUAGAAAUAGCGAGAAACCGUGAAGGAUAUAAUUCACCCCUGCGAUUACAGAAGAGGGAAAAGUCGGAACAGAAUACGUAACACAUGGUCAUAUAGUUGGUGUAUUAAUUAACCGACUACGUAGUAUUUAUACAGUGGUCGCAACUUUGAAAAACACUCGUUACUGCUGGAAGAUUUCAUUAUAUAAUUGAUGUAUAUCAUGUGUUUAAUGUGAAAUGUGAUGUUAAUUUACAAUAUGCUUUUCUUGAUGAAAUCGUUAUGAUGAACUGUAGGUGCUCUUGGUAAACACUUGUAUUUUUUGACAAUUUCUUUUUCAUUACACUGUACCAGCAUCAAGGUCUGCUUGACUCUUAAACAUUGUACCAAUAUCAAGGUCUGCUUGACUCUUAAACAUCGUACCAGCAUCAAGGUCUGCUUGACUCUUAAACAUUGUACCAGCAUCAAGGUCUGCUAGACUCUUAAACAUUGUACCAGCAUCAAGGUCUGGUUGACUCUUAAACAUUACCAGCUUCAAGGUCUGGUUGACUCUUAAACAUUGUACCAGCAUCAAGGUCUGCAAGACUCUUAAACAUUGUACCAGCAUCAAGGUCUGCUUGACUCUUAAACAUUGUACCAGCUUCAAGGUCUGCUAGACUCUUAAACAUUGUACCAGCUUCAAGGUCUGCUAGACUCUUAAACCUAAUAGUAACAGCGGUCAUGGGUACUUUGUCAUAUGGAGAAUGAAGUUUUCGGAAUGUGGUGAUCUGUUUUCGAGUUCUUGAUUAAUUAUCAUUGUUGUAUACUUACCUAGUCCAGAGCUGGUGUGUGCUGACAAGCAAUGCUUAUGUACAUGUAAUAGGGUCAACCUUUUACAUGCUUUUAGUGCCUUUUUUAAUUUAAUACUUAUUUUCACCCUUGGAUAUAAGCAUGAAUGAAUAUCCUGGACACAGUAAAACCACUUCGUUUUAUGGGUCUAAUCAUUAAUUUUAGACAUUUAAAUAACCUCCUAAACCAUUAAAGCUAAUGUGGGUUUUUUUUUUUAUUAUACCUGUUAUACAUGUAGUUGGGUUGUGUUAUCAUGUCUCCCCUCUUCCAGGAGGAGACAUUAUUUUUGUACUUUCUGUCCAUCCAAGGGCCUCCUUGGCCAAGUGGUUAGAGCAUCGUGCUCAAAAUCGCACGGUCUGUCGGCGCAGGUUUGAAUCCCGUUCACGCCGGUAAGUGAGAAAGUUUCCCAGUUUACUUUCGGGAGGUCAGUGGUCUCUUCCCAGCUACAUUGUAUCUGGGUUCUCUCUUCCACCAAUAAAAACGGGGCUCCACCAUAUAACUGAAAUGUUGUUGAGUGGCAGAAAACAUCAAUCAAUCAAUCUCUUAUAUGGCUCAUCUAAUAGAUUUAAAACUUUGUACAAUGCUUCAUUGCCUUUUGUAGAUGUGCCUAUUGUAGGGACAGGAGGAUUCAAUUGUUAUCCUUAAAGUUAUAGUGGAUCUUAGGGGUGGGGGUGUAAAAUAGUUUGUGAACACUUCUGCUAUAUGGCUUAUUGGAGUUCAUAAUUAAUGUCUAUGGUCUUGCUCAUGCUUUCUACUCCAUACCAUGUAGUAAGUUUCAUUUUGAGCCCUUCCAAUUCGGAGGGCUGGGGAGAUAUUUGUUUUUCAUAAAAUCAAUCUCAAGUUGUGUGAUGCAUUUGUCCAUCAGUCUGUUGGUGAACAGCUUGUGGGUCAGAUAUAAACCUUACUUAUAAGUCAAAGAUCAUCAAAUUUGGUACACUUGUUCCCAAUGAUUAUAGAAAGAAGCCAGUAGCCAAAAGAUCAAAGGUGAAGGUCAACAUACAUGAGUAAUUGAACAGGCACAAAAUAAGAUGCACACAGUACUAAUAAGGCUAGGAUAAUCAAACCUGGUACACUUGUUCCCAUUGUGAGAGAAAGAUGCCCAUUAUUUCUCAUGAUGACAAAUUAAACUUUCAUCUUGAAGGCAAAACAGUAUCAAACUUGGUAUACAUGUUUCCGAUUGUGAGAGAAAGAUGCCUAUUUUUUCUCAUGAUGACAAAUUAAACUUUCAUCAUGGAGGCAAAACAGUAUCAAACUUGGUAUACAUGUUUCCGAUUGUGCUGGUGCCAAGUAUAUUUUGAAAAGUAAAAAUUUUACUCAAGUUAUACUUGAUUACCUGGUAGUACAAAUUUCUCUUAACAAAGCCAUUUUUGGUGUUUUAUAAUACUCUCUGAUAUCAAAGAAGUGUCUAUAAAAAACCCUGUCAGAACCUAACUCUUUUAUAUCAGAGACUGGUUUGAUUGGAUGAUAAUUCUUGUUUCGAUUUUUAUUUCAUUACUGAAUAUAUUUUAUUAGCUCUUUCAAACCUGCCAUGGCAAAAGUGAUUCUGAAGUAUACAUUGUAUAUAUACCAAGUAUAUAAGUAAAUAUCUAUAUUCUAUCUU